AUGCCAUUAUACUGGGAUCAACUACCCUCUUGGCAACGUGAUAAUCAAUAUAUUCUUUCAGGUUAUAGGACUGUCUCUAAUUCUUUUCGCGAGUCGUUCGCGAGUCUUGGUUAUCUCCAUAAUGAGACCGUCAACAUCUACUCCCAUCUUAUCCCUGCGAUUCUCCUUUCAUUUUUCAGCAUCCCGCUCCAUACGUCACUCAAGGCCAGGUACACAAACGUAUCAACAGCAGAUACUGUAGUUUUGAGCUGCUUCGUCUUGGGAGCUGUGUUGUGCCUGGUCAUAUCAGCAACAUUUCCUACUGUUCAGAAUCAUUCCCCGCACGUUGCACGCAUUGCAAACCAAAUGGAUUAUAUUGGCAUUGUAUUCCUGAUCGUUGGAAGUUUUGUUCCGAGUAUCUUCUAUGGGUUUUACUGCCAACCUGUUUUACAAACGGUCUAUCUAACCAUGAUAACUUCCCUCGGCCUACUUUGCGCCGCGGUUUCCGCAACUCCUCAAUUUCGGCACCCCACGUGGCGGCCCUUUCGGGCGAGGAUGUUCAUCGCCCUUGGAUUAUCAGCGCUCUUCCCGGUGGUUCAUGGAGUUAUGAGGUUUGGUAUUAGGCAAAUGGACAAGCAGAUCGGCCUUUCUUGGGUCGUUCUUCAGGGUUCGCUCUAUAUUGUAGGAGCCUGCUUUUAUGCUACCCAGGUCCCGGAGCGUAUCUACCCUGGCGUGUUCGACAUCUGGAUAAGCUCUCACCAAAUUUUCCACUUUAUGGUGGUAAUGGCUAUAAUAUCUCACCUUUAUGGAUUGAUCAAUGCCUUUGAUUACAAUCAUAAUCAUUUGGCCAUACAUUGUUGA